AUGGAGUUGUCGGACAUGUCGUACAAUCAGAUGGAGUACAUCGAGACGGCGUCUGGCAAUAAGGUGUGCCGUAAGUCAGUAUUGUGUGGCUCUCAGAACAUUAUGCUUAUGGGAAAGACUGUGAUUCAGUCGAGUUGUAUAAUAAGGGGUGAUUUGGCGAACGUCAAGAUUGGCCGCCACUGUCUGGUCUGCACGGGUGCUGUCAUUCGUCCCCCCUUUAAGAAGUUCACUAAAGGAGUGGCAUUCCUUCCGAUGACAAUCGGGGAUAACGUAUACAUAGGAGAGGACACUAUAGUGAACGCGGCGUCCAUCGGUUCCUAUGUAUAUAUUGGCAAGAAUUGCGUUAUUGGCAGACAUUGUGUACUAAAGGACUGUUGUUUGAUAGCCGACAACACAGUCCUCCCUCAGGGAACAGUUGUGCCCGCGUUUGCCGUCUAUAGCGGCUCUCCCGGACUCUUCACGUCAGAACUGCCCGAAUGUACUCAAGACGUGAUGAUUGACUUCACUAAAGGAUAUUAUCAACACUUUAAACCAAAAACUAAUUAAUUUAUUAUAUCAUACAUAUUGUACUGUAUAUUGAAAUUUUUAUUACAAAUUAAAAAUUUAAUUCAUGUAUUUGUAAACAAA